AUGGAAGAACUCGAAAGGUUGUUAAAAAUGAAUCCAAACAACAUCUUUAUAGUAUUCGUUCUUUACGCGAUUAUCGUUGACAUCAGUUUAUCUGCAGAUAGCUCUGGGCAAAUGCAACCACCGCGCUUCAGUAUGCAGCCUUCUUCGUCAAAUAGCAUAGUAAGAGAAGGCACCACAAAAAUUUUACAAUGUUCAGCACUAGGUAUACCACAGCCUAUGUACAGAUGGUUGAAAAACGGCGUUCCACUUGGGGAUUACUCCUCAGAACUGUUUUAUAAAAUCCACAAUACCAAGAAGCAGGACGCCGGUGCCUACCAAUGUAUAGCUAAAAAUGACGUUGGGGCAAUUUUCAGUGAAAAGAAUAACAUUGUUGUCGCUUAUAUGGGUAUAUUUGAUAAGAUCGUUGAAGAUACAAUAACUGCGGAAUCUGGACAUGCUGCUGUUUUAGAGUUUCCACACAUAGAAUCCGAACCACCACCGUCAGUCAUAUGGCAAGAUGAAAAUGGCGCAUUGAGAUACGAUCAAAAAUAUGCAGUCACCGAUGAACACCAAUUAGUUAUUCUUUCCGCGUCACAUGACGAUGAAAGAGCGUACAGAGUUCGAGCCAUAAACACUCAACUUGGUAAGGAGGAGAAUAGCCCCUACAUUCGACUUGGGGUUUAUGGAGAUGAUACCAAAGAAGUUCCACCAGAAAUUAUUAUAAAACCAAGGGACAGAAAAAUAAUAAAAGGUCAAGAUUAUACGAAUUUAUUCUGUAUCGCUAAUGCUCGCCCUCUACAUGAGCUGGAAACUUUGUGGUUCAAAGAUGGAAUCAUGAUCGAUUUGGCUGGUAUCACGUUCGACUUAAAUGACCAGUGGAAUAGAACUCUCAGUCUCAUUUCAGCAAAUUUGACGCACACAGGAAAAUAUACUUGUCAAGCAAGGCUAAGAACAGGGGGAUUCGCAACUGUCACUGCAUCAGCAAUGGUAACAGUAUAUGAAAAACCUGUGUUCUUAAGCAAUUUAAAAGCAGAAACGUUUGGUGAAUUUGGCAGCAAUACUGUCCUUGAAUGUAACGUGCAAGGCAUACCUUUACCUAGUAUCACAUGGUACAAAGAUGCUAGAAAAAUCGCUAGCGUCGGCGCUGAAGCUGCAAAUAACGACAACGAUGUUUACGAUGGUGAAGGCCGAUAUAGGGUGGAAGUCGAUAGAUCUUUAGUUAUUAAUAAUCUCCGUAUGGAGGAUAUGGGAAUAUACCAGUGUAUAGCUAAUAACGAUGCCGGAGAAUCAUCAAUCUACACGUGGCUCAAAAUCAAAACGUCUCCGCCGGUAAUGACGACUGCACCCGCCAACCUGACCGUACUGGACGGCAAGGAUGCCGCCAUCGCGUGCCGUGCAGUGGGCGCGCCAACACCGAACGUCACCUGGUACUUCAACGACUCUCUGAUUAUUAACUUAUCGGGAAGAUUACAAGCAUUGGACGAAGGAGACUUAUUGAUCACUAGCACAACAAUUGCCGAUACUGGGAAGUACACUUGCGUGCGUGCGAAUGACGCUGGAAUUGUCUCCGGGGAGGCGUAUCUUACUGUUCUUGUACGAACACAGAUCAUCGCACCACCUGUGGACACGCGCGUCCUGCUCGGUCACACUGCCACAUUGCAAUGCAAAGUUUCCAAUGAUCCCAAUGUUAACUACAAUAUUGACUGGUUUCAUAAUAAACAGCCGAUGGUAGCCGGUUCCCGCGUAUGGGUGACUGACGAGGGCGCAUUGACCGUGCAAGCGGUGCGCGCUAGUGACGCGGGCGAGUACACUUGCGUAGUGACGUCACCGGGCGGCAAUCACACGCGUCACGCUCUCCUAUCUGUCAUAGAACUACCCUUCGCGCCAACAAACGUGCGAGCCGUACGUCUAGACGGUGCCACAUCUAGGGCUGUAAACGUCUCGUGGACAUCAGGAUUCGAUGGAAACUCGCCCAUACAGAAAUAUAUUAUACAGAGACGCGUCGUGCCCGAAUUCGGACCAACACCGGAUCCGUUACUUAAUUGGGUGACGGAACCCGUUAACGUAUCUGCAAACCAACGAUGGGUACUAUUGACGAGUCUUAAAGCGGCGACCUCCUAUCAAUUUCGAGUGUCCGCUGUCAACACAGUCGGCGAGGGCCCCCCCUCCGACCCUACAGACGUCCUCACUUUGCCUCAAGAAGCUCCAUCGGGUCCUCCCGUGGGAUUCAUGGGCUCAGCGCGCUCUUCGUCUGAAAUAAUCACCCAAUGGCAACCGCCCCUUGAGGAACAUAGAAACGGGCACAUUCUGGGUUAUGUCAUUAGAUAUAGACUGAGAGGAUACGACAACAGCCCAUGGACUCACCAAAAUAUUACGAAUGAGGCGCAAAGGAAUUAUCUCAUUCAGGAUUUGAUCACGUGGAAGGAUUACAAUGUACAGAUUGCGGCGUACAAUGAUAAGGGUGUAGGAGUGUUCUCUGACAGUUACACGAUCAAAACUAAAGAGGGCGUGCCGGAGGCGGCACCGGAUAAUGUACGAUGCGAGCCUUAUAAUUCCACGUCGAUCACAGUGUGGUGGACCCCGCCAAAUCCACAGAAAAUCAAUGGGAUUAACCAGGGCUAUAAAAUGCAAGCGUGGAGAUGGGACGAUAUAGAAGGCGCUAACAUUGAACAGAAACUAGUAAGCGUACCACCAAACUUAUUGGAUCCAUUGACGGAACAAACGGCUAUCAUAGACGGCCUUGACAAGUUUACGGAAUACAAUAUUUCUGUUUUGUGUUUCACCGAACCUGGUGACGGACCGCGUAGCGACUUUGUUCUAGUUAGAACUAAGGAAGAUCUGCCAGACGAAAUAAUGAAUUUACAAUUUGACGACAUAUCAGACCGAGCUGUAAGAGUCUCAUGGGCCCCGCCGAAGAAAUCUAACGGCAUACUUAUCGGUUACAAACUAAGUUACGAGAUCAAAGACGAACCUGAUACUUUGAAAGAAGAAACACUACCGCCAAAUGUUACCAGUAUUAAAGUAGAACAUCUUCAGGCAAGCACCCAUUAUAAGUUCUGGCUUUGUGCUAUGACUGCUGUGGGCGCAGGACCUCCUCGAGCUGCCACCAUUCAGUCUGGAGUUGAGCCAGUCUUACCAGACGCGCCCAGGAACCUGGCUUUAUCUAACAUCGACGCAUUUUCGGUACUGCUACAGUUCACGCCUGGUUUCGAUGGAAAUUCCUCUAUUUCAACAUGGACAGUUCAGGCCCAAACAGCGCGCAAUUCAUCAUGGGUGACAGUAUACGAAGUGAACGCACCAGACGCGCAGUCGAUACUAGUAACAGGUUUGGUGCCGUUUACUACGUACCGGUUGCGUAUAAUAGCGACGAACGUCGUAGGCUCAUCGCAACCUUCUGAACCUUGUAAAGAGUUCCAAACGAUUCAAGCACCCCCUCAGCAUCCACCGAGAAAUGUAACUGUGCGAGCUGUCAGUGCAAACAACCUUCGAGUCAGAUGGAUACCAUUACAACAAAGCGAAUGGUACGGAAACCCCAAAGGCUAUAAUAUCACGUAUAAGCGGAGCGGGACUAAUGAUACUUUGUAUAGUGUUAUUGAUGAUCAUACAGCGAACUCACAUAUACUUGUAAACUUAGAAGAAUGGUCCGUGUAUGAAAUACGUAUGACAGCCAUCAAUGAAGUCGGCACUUCAGAAGAAAGUCCAACAGCAACUGAAAGAACAAGAGAAGCUGUUCCCUCUCAAGGGCCAAAUGCCGUAUCAGCUAACGCUACUUCAUCGACAACAGUAGUGGUACUGUGGGGUGAUAUUCCAGUGCAAGAUCAAAACGGUUUGAUAGAAGGGUACAAAGUGUGUUACGCUGCCGUCGUACCUCCCCCGAGACCAGAACAUAAAAAGAUAGAAUGUCAAGCGAUACCCUCUAACCAAACUCAUACAAUCACAUUAACAGAGUUGAGGAAAUAUGUCGUGUACCAAAUACAAGUUCUCGGCUAUACAAGAUUAGGUGAUGGGGCCUUGAGUGAUCCACCGGUUACCGUCAGAACAUACGAAGAUACUCCUGGUCCGCCUUCGAAUGUAUCUUUUCCCGAUGUAACAUUCACUACAGCACGUAUUAUUUGGGAUGUACCAGAAGACCCUAAUGGUGAAAUAUUGGCCUAUAAAGUAACAUACCAUUUAAACAACACAUCUCAACAUGUCUUCUCCAAAGAGUUUUUACCUUCAGACAGAACUUUCAGAGCAACAGAGUUGUCAUCGGAACGGUACUACAUGUUCACGGUGACGGCUCAAACGCGUUUAGGGUGGGGUGCGACUGCCCGCGUGUUAGUACUGACGACGGUGAAUAGAGCCGCGCCCGCUCCUCCCGCGCGGCCUAAUGUCGCCCGCUCGCUACUUCAACCACACCAUAUCACCUUCUCAUGGACACCCGGCGACGAUGGAUAUGCACCUUUGAGGUACUAUACUGUGCAACAAAAAGAAGAAGGCGGUACUUGGCACACAAUACCCGAACGAGUCGAUCCAUUUGCUACAUCAUACACCGCUGAGGGUCUGAAGCCUCAUACUGCGUACCAGUUCAGGAUACGGGCGACAAACGAUAUCGGCCCCAGUCGAUACAGCAACGCGACCGAAACUGUUCGUACUUUACCCGCUGCUCCAAGCAAAGCCGUAGAAAAUCUAAGAGUGGUACCAAUCACCCCAAGCAGCGUACGGGUGCAAUGGACUCUUCUUGGUGAACAAUACUGGAGCGGUGAUACGCGCACUGGAGGUUACCGUGUCUUCUACCAACCCCUUACAGACUUCCCCACAGCUCUCCAACAGACAAUGAAACAGGAAGUUCCAGGAAUUAAGAGUGAGGAAGUGGUCCUGACGGAUUUAUCUGUGGACCGCAACUACGAGAUCAGCGUUUGCGCAGUGAACUCUCAGGGGGCGGGUCCGGGUGGUACCCCGGCGGUGGUCUGGGUGGGGGAAGCGGUUCCCACUGCGCCCCCUCGUGACGUCACCGCCGACCCACUCUCACCCACUGAGGUCACGCUGACGUGGAAACCACCGUUAUUGGCGCAACAAAACGGCGACUUAUUAGGCUAUAAGAUAUUCUAUUUGAUGACGGAGUCUCCCGAAGAGCCAGAACCUGGUCGCAAAGCUGAGGAGGAGAUCGAAGUGGUACCCGCUACGGCUACCUCCCACUCGCUGGUAUUUCUGGAUAAAUUCACGCAGUAUCGCAUUCAGGUGUUAGCAUUCAACCCGGCGGGUGACGGUCCACGUUCAAAAGCAGUUUUAGUCCGAACACAUCAGGGUCUACCAACGGCACCAAGAAACAUCACCUUCACAGAUAUCACUAUGAAUAGCCUCAUAGUAUCGUGGGAGGCGCCUUAUAGACGGAACGGUCUUAUUCAGUCUUACUUAGUCACGUACGAAACUGUCGAACAAGACGAAAGAUUUAGUAAGCAAGUGAAGCAGAAAGUGGACGAUCGGCAACUCGCUGUGGGCGGACUAGAAGAGGAAGUCGAGUACUUAUUCAGCGUGCGCGGAGUAACUAUAGGGCCGGGUGCGAGCGGGACGGCACGAGUGCGAACAGGACCACAGAUUGGUUCGCCAUCGCCCCCUCGCGCAUUGGUAUUAACACCCGAUCCGGCAGCUUUACAUUUGCGCUGGGACAAUGCACCUUCUGGUCAAGGGCCAUUGCUUGGUUACUACAUCGAAGCACGCAAGAAAGACGACACUAGAUGGGAGACAAUAACUCGUACUAGCAACGGCAUUCUGCAAGAGUUCACGAUAUCAUACCAGAGUUUGUUACCGUCGACGGCGUACUCGUUCAGAGUGAUAGCAUACAACAAGUUCGGUAUAAGCAACCCAACGUACAGUGACAAGGUGAUCGUGACGCCUUCGAAACUGUAUCUCGAAUACGGAUAUCUACAGUAUAGACCGUUCUACCGACGGACGUGGUUUAUGGUGGCGCUGGCAGCCGCCUCCAUUAUCAUUAUAAUCAUGGUCAUCGCGAUACUCUGUGUGAAGAGUAAAAGCUAUAAAUACAAGAAAGAAGCGCAGAAGACCUUAGAGGAGUCAUUAGCAGGCGAAACGGACGAGAGGGGCUCUCUCGCCAUGGAUUUAUAUCGAUCGCGACAGAAUUCAGUGGCUAGUGUUGGAGCGCUGGGCAGUGCCGGUGGAACAUUACGGAGGGGAAAAACCGCUCCAGCCCUAGGGAAAUCCCCGCCACGCCCCUCCCCCGCGAAUGUCGCUUAUCACAGCGACGAAGAAAGCCUCCGGGCAUACGACGAGAACCCCGACGACUCAUCAGUGACGGAAAAACCGUCGGAAAUGAGUUCCACCGAUUCACAGAAUUCUGAGAGCGAGAACGAAAGCGUCCGUUCAGAGCCGCACUCGUUCGUCAAUCACUACGCGAACGUGAACGAUACGCUACGACAAUCAUGGAAGCGGCAACGGCCAGCGCGCCGCAACUAUUCCAGUUAUACGGACUCAGAGCCAGAAGGCAGCGCGGUCAUGAGCCUAAACGGAGGUCAGAUUGUAAUGAAUAAUAUGGCGCGAUCCCGGGCCCCACUACCCGGUUUCUCAUCCUUCGUAUGACAACAACUUCCCGACACGGCGCCUGCGCAAGCCGUGCACAUGUAACAUUCACUGCCCAUUCCCAUAAUAGGGCCAUUAGACGAUCGAUCUGGCGUCAAACCAAUCCGACAUUCAUUGAUCGUCUAAUGGCAAUUUAAUAUUAAAAGUUGAGAAAUUGUAUAUAUUCGUUCCUAGAUAUAAAAGACAGCUGAUAAAAAUCUCAGUGGCCAUCGAUGAUCGCACGGUAUGGUUGUAUAAUGUAGUUUCAUCAUUUACACUGUAAAACUGUUGCAGCUAUAAAUUAUGAGAUCUCGUGUGGUCGUGUACAGUGGGCCAUAUUAUUUGUUAAUAUUUUUUAAGAUAAGUAUAGAAUACGUAACAACAAUGAAGUUCAACACAAACGUUUUCUCAAGUAAGUAACGUGUAUGUAUGCAAGAGCGAGCGGCAAAAACGAUACGAGGGUACGAAGACGAUAUCCCUUUCACUUUAAACAACAGCGUACGCUUAGGAAACGAUAGAGCGUAAUAAACCUACAUAUUAACCUGUAAAUGUAGAUAAUUUGUGAUUUGACACAAAAGCUUCCUUGAUAAUAGUUACUUGAGCUAGCACAUUAUAGUUAUAAUAAUUAUAUUAGUACCAACACUCGUACAAAAAUUUGAAAAACAUAACUAACGACAAUGCCAUACAAAUAACUCAAAAGUGGAUGUUCUUAUUUUGGCAAACAUUAUCAAUUUUAAAUUUAUGAAUUCAAAGAUAACUAUAUUAUUAUUGUUAUAUAAUGAAAGUGCUAUUUUAUUUCACUGAUAAUUGUAGCAAAAAUGUAUUAUUAGUAUCUAAAAACUGUUUUUAUGU